AUUUCAUUCACGUCAUUUUCAUCUGAAACAAGUUUUCCUUUUUCUUGAUACCUAACCUAAAAAUGGUUUAUGUAUAACAUUGUUUUUAUGUGUAAUUAAAUAUAAAAAAUGAGUAUUUUUAUCAAAUAUUACAAGUCAGGCGGCUUGAAUGUCGCCUUCAGUAAUAAGAUAUGGCGUUACAACUCCACCAGUGCGGAUAUGGCGAUAAAUAAAGGUGAAGAAGAGGAAGAAUUUCGAGUUCUUGAUAUUUUGAAGAAAAGGCAGAGGCAGCAGAGAAGAGUAAAUAGGAGGGCUGAUGUACAACCUGAUAGGGCCGACAGGAUGCCUACAGAUCAAAAUUGGGGCAAUGUCUGGCCUGGCCCGAAGACGUUCCAUCCAUCGUCUGUCCCUCUGCCACUCCGUCAGGGCUACGUCCCGAAAGGCCAAGCACCACCCGGUAAGAAAGCAAAUGCGGAACUUAUGAAAAUACCCAACUUCCUCCACCUCACACCACCUGUGAUAAAAGCUCAAUGUGAGGCCAUAAAACAGUUCUGCACUGAAUGGCCGAAGCUGCUAAACUCGGAGGAAGCAAUUGAGAAUCACUAUCCGGUGGAAAUUAUAACCUCGGACUACUGUCACGCUAGCCCAUCAAUAAGGAACCCGUUGGCUCGCAUCGUGACCUUAAGAGUUAAACUCUCAACGUUAAAACUGGAUCAACAUGCUCGUGAUAAGUUCAUAAGGUUAGUCGGUGAACGGUACGAUCCGGAAACUGACUUGGUUACCAUAACAGCCGACCGCUGCCCAAUCAGGAAACAGAACCAGGACUACGUAAAUUAUUUGCUCACAGCGUGCUAUCACGAAUCAUGGAACUUUGAGGAGUGGGAACGAGAGAAGAUGGAGGAAGACAUGGAGUAUUACAAUUGGGAUAAGAACCCCUCGAAACGGAGCCUCGUGAACUGGUAUUUGAAAACCCAAAACCAAAGCAAGGAGUUAAGUGACGAGGAAUACAGUAAUUAUGAUGUCUCCCAAAUACCAAAUGGAGAAGAAUAUAAAGUUGCAGUGUCGAGUUACAUGAAUGAUGGGGAAAGUGAGGGAACUGUGGAGAAAUACGGAGAGGCGGUUAGGAAAUUGCUAGGGUUGCCACAGAAGAAAGUCGUGUCAUAGGUUUUUGUAAAUUAAUAUAGUUAUAGCUUAUAA